UGCGUGGUGAGAGGGAAGCAGUGGGUACGGCAUGCUGAGGCCACCCCCCCUGGCUCAGGAUGAGUGUCAGAGAUGGCGCUGCCACCAUGGCAACGAACGCAGGUGGAGGAGGAGGGGGAGGUGGGCCAGCUAACCCUAACGAUAAUGAUGGCCGCUCAUACCUGCUCCAGAUCUACCCACGGUUGGCUGCUCAGUCCACCACCUGCUGCAACCUUUGGGUGCAGAAGGAUGCAACAGCGGCCUCAGUAAUUUCGGACGCUGCCACGGCACUGGGGCUGGACCCUGGCCGCAUGUAUGUGCUGGCAGAGGUUAAGGAAUGUGGCGGAGAAGAGUGGGUGCUGGAGGCCGGAGACCUGCCAGCACAGAGGUUUCUGCUGUGGCCUCGGAAAGCCCAGGAGCAACACCCUCAGAGCCUGGGCUUUUACUUCUUACUACAGGAGAGGAACCGUGAUGGCACUAUCCAUUACGUCCACCUACCACCUGUGACUAAGGAGCAGGAGGUACAGCGGCUAGCUGCCAGAGGCUUCCUUCCCCCUCCACAGGAUGACUUUGCAGAUCUCUGCAACCUCCCCGUCCUCAAUGAGGACAGCAUAUUAAACAACCUUCGCACACGCUUUUACAAGAAAAAGAUCUACACCUAUGCAGGCAGCAUCCUCAUCGCCAUCAACCCCUUCAAGUUCCUGCCCAUCUACAAUCCAAAGUACGUCAAGAUGUACGAGAACCACCAGCUGGGCAAACUGGAGCCUCAUAUUUUUGCUAUCGCAGAUGUGGCCUACUAUGCUAUGCUCAGGAAGAGGGUCAACCAGUGCAUCGUCAUCUCUGGGGAAAGUGGCUCAGGCAAGACCCAGAGUACCAACUUCCUGAUCCACUGUCUGACUGCGCUCAGCCAGAAGGGCUAUGCCAGCGGGGUGGAGAGGACCAUACUGGGAGCGGGGCCGGUCCUGGAGGCCUUCGGGAACGCCAAGACAGCCCACAACAACAACUCCAGCCGCUUUGGUAAAUUCAUCCAGGUUAAUUACCUGGAGAGUGGAGUGGUCAGAGGGGCUGUGGUGGAGAAGUAUCUCCUGGAGAAGUCUCGUCUGGUCUCCAGGGAGAAGAAUGAGAGGAACUACCAUGUGUUUUACUACCUGUUGUUGGGAGCUUCAGAGGAGGAGAGAAAGGAGUUCAAGUUGCUGCCGCCUGAAGAAUACUUCUACCUCAAGCAGCAAAACUUUAAGAUAGAAGAUGAGGAAGAUCUGCGCCAUGACUUCGAAAGGCUGCAGCAGGCAAUGGAGAUGGUUGGCUUCCUUCCCGCCACCAAGAAACAGAUCUUUUCUGUGCUUUCGGCCAUCUUGUAUCUCGGCAACGUGACCUACAGGAGGAAGUCGACAGGCCGAGACGAGGGGUUAGAUGUUGGACCACCAGAGGUCCUGGCUACACUCUCUGACCUGCUAAAGGUUAAAGAGGAGCUGCUGGUCGAGGCGCUGACGAAGAGGAAAACGGUGACAGUCAACGACAAGCUGAUCCUUCCCUACAGCCACUCUGAGGCUAUCACAGCCAGAGACUCCAUGGCCAAAUCUUUGUACAGCGCCUUGUUUGACUGGAUCGUCCUGCGCAUCAAUCAUGCACUGCUUAACAAGAAAGAUAUGGAGGAAUCUGUCCCAUGCUUGUCCAUUGGUGUCCUGGACAUUUUUGGCUUUGAGGACUUUGAGACCAACAGCUUCGAGCAGUUCUGCAUCAACUAUGCAAAUGAGCAGCUGCAGUAUUAUUUCAACCACCACAUCUUCAAUCUGGAGCAGGAGGAGUACCAAGCAGAGGGAAUCACCUGGCACAACAUCGACUACACAGACAAUGUGGGCUGUAUCCACCUCAUCAGCAAGAAACCCACUGGCCUGCUCUACCUGUUGGAUGAGGAGAGCAACUUUCCCCACGCCACAGAUGAGACAUUAUUAGCUAAAUUCAAGCAGCAACACCAGGGGAACAAAUACUUUGUCCCCACACCGGUCAUGGAACCUGCCUUUGUCAUUCGACACUUUGCUGGGAAAGUCAAAUAUCAAAUCAAGGAUUUCCGGGAGAAGAACACGGACCACAUGCGUCCAGACAUCGUGGCGUUGUUGCGGAGUAGUGACCGUGCAUAUGUGCGGCAGCUCAUUGGCAUGGACCCAGUGGCAAUGUUUCGAUGGGGCAUCCUGCGCGCCACCAUCAGAGGCAUUGCUGCUUUUAACGAAGCUGGCCGGUCCUGGGCUGCUAAAACUUCAGGUGUAGUCCGUCCAAUCUCUAGGACCCCCUUAGGAGAGCUGAAGCGAUCCAAUGCCCCAAUAGACAGAAUGUACAAACGAGCGUCUAUGCUCGAUUUCUACUUUGAUCACUCAGAGGAGCGCCCUCUAGAGGCCUUUGAAGACAUCUUUGCUAGCUAUGAGAGUAAGAAAGACAUGCAUGCAGAGAUCAUCAGCUCCAUUAAGAACUUGCAGUUGGAUGGUGAGGACCCUCGCAAGCUGCUGCAGUCCUGGGGUCGCCUCCGCUUCCCUCGACACGUUCUCCAGAAAAACAAGAGCACCAAACAGAGGCAGGUUAUCCCCAAGAGUUUGCUGGAUUCUCGGUCUCUGAAGUUCAUUGUGAGCCUGACGCUGCACGAUCGCACUACCAAGUCUCUGCUCCACCUGCACAAGAAGAAGAAGCCCCCAAGCAUCAGUGCCCAGUUCCAGACCUCUCUGACCAAACUCUUGGAGACACUGAACAGAGCAGAGCCUUUCUUCAUUCGUUGUAUCCGCUCCAAUGCUGAGAAGAAGGAGAUGUAUCUGGAUGAGGCCUUGGUAGUUCAGCAGCUGCGAUACACAGGAAUGCUGGAAACUGUUCGCAUCAGGAGGUCAGGCUAUGGAGCCAAGUACACAUUCCAGGAGUUCUUAGAGCAGUUCAGGGUUUUGCUGCCAAAGAACACCGCUGCCUUAAAAGAGGACAUCUCAGUGCUGCUUGAAAAGAAGAUGGGCCUGGAACCCACCACAUACCAGAUAGGCAAAACUAAGGUGUUCUUGAAGGAACUGGAGCGACAGCAGCUGCAGGACACGCUGCAUAAGGAUGUAAUGCGCAAGAUCAUCUUCCUUCAGCACUGGUUCAGAGCUCGCCUGCAGAGAAAAGAGUUUCUGGACAUGAGACAGGCAGCCAUCUUGAUUCAGCGUUCAUGGCGCAGGUACUGCAUAGAGGAGCAAAGGCGACGGGCAGCCACUCUGAUCCAGGCUGUGUGGAGAGGGCACAGACAGAGAGCAGAGAACGACCGCCAAAGGCACGGUGCUACCAAGAUACAAGCCCUGGUCAGAGGACACUCAGCACGCAGAAGGUGCCACUCCAUGCGUGAGGAAAAAGAAGCUCGGAAGAGGGCAGAAGAGGAGGAAAGAAGGAAAAGGGAAGAGGAGGAUGAGGCAAGGAGAAGAGCAGAGGAGGAGGACGAAAGGAGAAGGAUGGAAGAAGAGAAAGCAAGGAGAAAAGCAGAAGAGGAGGAGGCCAAGAGGAGGGCAGAGGAAGAAGAGGCAGCCAGGAAAGCACAAGAAGCACAGAUGAAGAGAGAGGAAGCGGAGAAAAGUCCUGGGAGCGAGCCUCAAACAAGAGAGGAUCCAGAUAUAGAGCUGGUCACAGAGGAGACGCUGGAUGACAACCUUCCUGUCGGGGAGACAGAGGAGGAGGAUGAAGAGGUUAAUACAAGCUCACAUACAGAUGAGGAACAGCCCAAGGAUGAAGAGCAGGAGGAUGGGGAAUUGGAUUUGGAGACCAACGGUACACUGGCUGAGGCUGGACCCCAGCUAGAUGAGAAAGAUGAAGAUGAGGAUUUGGAGAACCAAACACUAGAAGAGUCAGAUCCAAACCCUGUUCUGCCCUCCGAUGGUGUCACCUCAAACGCACUUAGACCCACAUCUCCAGGUGAAGGGUCUGAUAAACAGGCCCUCGACGAUACCUCCACACCUUCCAAUGCUAAAGAAAAGAGAGUACGAACUCCAGCUAUUCACAAGGGCCCGUCAUCCAGGAGCCAGGAGAAGAGAGAGCAGAGGAGACGAAGAGGGCUGGAGCACAACCAGAGAGAGACUGAACGAGCCUCGUCCUCAGCCACCAGCAAGGAUGAAACGUCCCCGCCGAAGAGCAAAAGCCAAGAGACCUCUAAGCUAAAAGAGCGGGCGGACAGCAAGGAGCUGGACCAGUACACCUUUGUAGCCUGGAAAAUGAAGGAAGACAAAGGUGGGAAGAAGGAGGCGAAAACGUCGCCUCCUUCUGCCAGUCCUGUUCGUCCGUCUACGUUAUCUCUGCAGCCCGCUGACCCUGUGCCUGUGGGAAACGGUUUAGGCGAGGGUGCCGGAGCAGUUAACCUGCAACGCCGUCCUGGGGGGAUUAAGGACAAACCGGAGAAAUGGAAGGGGAGGAGGAGUGAUGGAGACCUCUCUGAGAGAACCAGCUCUCCUCCACCGCACAACAGGGAGGAAAGAAAGAGAAAACCGCUGAGUGAAACAGCCUCCUCAUCAGUUGACAGUUUGUCUCCAGGCUCUGAAGGGGCUGGAGCUUUUUCAGGCAGAGAGUUGAUUUCGCCCUCAGAAAGCUUCAGUGAUGGCUCUAAGGGAAGCUCCAUCAGAAAGAAACCCCAAGAUGGUCACCAAGACUCGGCACACGCCAUCCUGACCACACCGGACAGGUCAGGUGGUUUCUUCAGCAAGAUCUUGAAAAAACGGCCGCACAAGGAGGCCCAGACUCCAGACAACGGAGAGCUGACAUUUGCUCAGACUCUCAGUGAAAGGCCAACAGGAGGGGAAGCCCCAACGUCUGGACAUUCAUCUCGGCCUCUUACCCAGCCUCACGGGGACCGUGCUGGAAAAGGUUUAGGCCGCAACCCCACAAUCAAGAUCAGUCGUGCCACACGGGUAUCUGAGCAGUGGAACGCCUCGCUGGAUCGGGAAAUCACCAACGCCAAUGAGCUGCGACACCUUGACGAGUUUCUGGGCAACCAGGUUAAUGACUUCCGCUCCAGAGGAAAGUCGCUGUCAGCCACAGAGGCCAUCUUUGUUACAGCCACCAUGCAGUUCAGAGAGACUAUCAAAGCCAUGUAUUCUCUCCCAAAACCCACCAUUGGCUACAAAGGUCUGAUGACAGGCUACCAGAACAAAGUGAUCCACCUGGCGGGCGAACAGCAGAAAGGAGAAGUCCAACUUGUGGUCAAUCUCUUCCAGUCGGUGCUGGAUGGCUUCAUCCGAGGAGAGAUGAAGAAGGAGGAGGCUGAGCCUGCAAAGCCUGCUAAAGCUAGAAAGAAGAGGAGGAAAAAAGAUAAAAGUAUGGAGAGCCCCCUGGAUCAUAGUUUCAUCAACUAUCAGGUCAACAUUAUGCAGUCAUGUGACCAGUGUAGUUCUUACAUCUGGGGCAUGGAGAAGGCCUACAUGUGCAGCUAUUGUAAAAUGGUGUGCCACAAAAAGUGCCUCUGCAAAAUAGUCACUGACUGCACCACCUUCUGUGCCAAAAAGAGUGAUGAGGAGUCUGGUGGUCAGCACUUCGGGGUGCGCGUGUGUCACCUGGUCAGUGAUAAGAACCCAGUACCUAUGGUGUUGGAGAUGAUGCUGGAGCACGUGGAGAUGCAGGGCCUCUACACUGAGGGCAUCUACCGCAAGUCUGGCUCUGCCAACCGCAUGAAAGAACUGCACCAGCGACUAGAGACCGACCCCCACCUGGUCUGCCUCGAAGACUAUCCCAUCCACACAGUGACUGGCCUGGUGAAACAGUGGUUGAGGGAGCUACCAGAUCCACUCAUGACCUUCACACAUUACAGUGACUUCCUGCAUGCAGUGGAACUGCCAGAGAAGCAGGAGCAGCUUCAUGCUAUAUACAAAGUGCUGGAAGAGCUUCCUACAGCAAACUUCAACACAUUGGAGAGACUCGUCUUCCACCUCGUCAGGGUGUGUAAAGUGGAGACUCACAACCGCAUGUCUCCUAACUCCCUGGCCAUAGUUUUUGCCCCAUGUGUCCUGCGCUGCCCAGACAGCGCUGACCCGCUGCUCAGCAUGAAGGAUGUGGCCAAGACCACCACGUGUGUUGAGAUGCUCAUCAAUGAGCAGAUCAGACGCUACAAUGAGAAGAUGGAGGAGAUCGAGCAGCUGGAGUUUGCAGAGGCUCUGGCUGUUAACCAGCUCAAACUCAAGAGACAGAAUACGCACUACUGGCAUUUACCUCUCAGGUUCUCAGCUCCUUACAAAGGAGUGGUGGUGCAUGAGAAGGUCAGUUCUGAUCUGAGCGUGGUCCCUGAGAACGAGCCUCUGGACUCAGACACAGAGGCUGAGAAGAACUUGAUGGAACGCAUCAAGUCCAUCAAACAGGAGAAAGAGGAUCUGGCCUGCCGACUGCCAGAGAUGGAGCAGCCUGGUUCAGACCAGGAGAACUUGGACUCCGAAGCCUCGCUGAGCUCCGAGAGUCUUUUGGACGAGCAGCAGCGCUCUUCUGUUCACGGCUCAGAGCCUGAAGGACGAGGUGGUGGCGCCCAGCUGAGGAGAUGCAGGCCGAUGUGUCCACCCAAACCACCAGACCUGGCCCAGCGACCUAAAGUCCCUGGUGGACGUGUCUCUCUGUCAAACCUCACCCCUGCUAGCUCCACCUCCUCUGUGUUCAGCUGCACUUCUUCAACCUCUGAAUCCUCCUUCAGGCAUCUGCUGCAACGCCGCAACCCUGUCAUCCCAGACACAGUUAAACUCCCCCCAGGCGUCCUCUCCCAGUCUGCAGCCUCCGGUCCAGCUCAGGCUUAUACCCCUCCUGGAAAUAGAGCAUUAAAGUACUUGGUCAGGAGAAGAGAGCAGCCCGGCCGCCGUAAGGACAGCACUCAGUCCCUCUACAUCGACGGCCAAGACUGUGACCUUUUGUUGCAUUUUUCCUCCUGCCCUCCCUCCGCUUCCUCCUCCUCCACCUCAAUCUCCAUGGUAACACCCUCCCCUCAGCACCAGCCCCACGACACACAAGCCUCAAAGGGCCAGAGACGUUUUUCUGACCCAGACAUACCUUAUAUGGAUGAUGACGUCUGACCAGGACGCAACAGAAAAGGUAGUGAAGAGGAUUGUGGGCAACAACCUCCGAGUAAACAAAAGGAAAUGAAUAUAAAUGACAGACCGAGUUGCCACAGAUGACAAUGAUGGAUUGUAGAGAACUAGGAGAGGAUAACAAUCAAGAAUCACAGUAGAAGAACAUAACGUGCAUGUGAAUGAAAACAAGUGAUGAGUAUCUACAGCGGAUCUACAAAGUUGAACAGGAGUGACACAAAAUGGAGGCUGUUCCAGUUGCUGUUGUUAGUGGGAACCAAACAAGGAACUGCAAAUGUGUUUAAAGGCUUGUUGUCCUUUAUGACAGUAAAAAUAACUGGACACAAUGUUGCCAAGCACCUUUUCUACCAUUUUAAUAUAUAUUAUGGUUUCUGUUGAUGAGUUCAGUCGGGACAGCCGUUUUUUCUGUAGACUCAUAAUGAUGGACCAGCACAUCUGUUUUCUUUUUCUCUCUUUUUUUGUUGUUGUGCUAAUUCAAGAAAAUAUUACAGGAUCCAGCCGCACUUUUCAUUUCUUAGUUCUCCUGAUGAGCAAAAUAUGCUCACUGAAAUGUUAGCUAGUGCCUUGGUAAUGUACAGUAAGUUCAUUUCUCAUGUUAUGUUAUGGACAGUGCUCGUAGAGAGAGGAAGGGUUAUAAAGAGAGGGUACCUUUUGUCUCCGACACAAGACGGUGUUUGAAACAAGAACCUACAGUAAACAUGCCCGUUGUGACCGUUGCACAGGUGCCUCAUUACAACAGCUGCCUCAUUACAACAGCUGCAAUGGACAACGGCGUCUGUUCAUCUUUACCCUCCACCUACCGCACAACGAACCCCCAGAUAGGAAGUCAUUGCCUCACAUAGCAAAGGGAAACAGGAGCAGCACACGCCACUUUUUCCUUUUGAAACAACAAAAACAUGCAACAGCCGUGCCACGAUGUCUUUAAAGCCCCAAGUCCUUGAACUCACCUUACCCUUUUCUAAAAUGAUGGCUUCUCUCAGCUGUACUGUACCUGCCAUUCAAAUCAAACAGUCCUAUAAUGAGCAGGUUCUGCUGAAGCACAGCUUUGGCCAACCUCGUAUGAAAUGUAACAUUAAUGUUCCUCUCUGACUGCUGUUGAAUGAUGUCUGUUAGUUUGUCUGGAUAAUGAGGACAAUGUCCUGAUGUGUAACGUGUAACAGAGAGUGUAUGGUUGGGACUGAAUGACGUGAACUGUAAUGGUUAUUAGUAUUAACAUGACAAUACAGAACAUGAUGCUUGUAAUGUCUGCUGCUGUGUGCUUUGAUCAGGUUCAGUCAAAAAGUGUCUCAGUGUUAUGAAAACACCUUUUAAAACAGUGUGUGAUGAAGAACUAUGAAGAAGAAGAGUUAUGUACUUUUAUUUAAGUAUAUAAAUUCUUCAUAAAUUAGUCUUUUCCAACAAGGGUUAACAGAUGCUCUUUAUGAACGUAGUCGGUGACAGUCACAAAUUAUAUAAAAGAUGAAUUCUCGUCCUAUGAAUUAAUAAUAUUUGUAUUAAAUGUAAUAUUUACACAGAAGGGGCAGCACCUGAAUGUAACUACAACUUCAAAAAGAAAUAAUCCCAGGACGAAAGUC